GUACCAAAACUUGGUUUUAUAGGUUAUGUUGGUGUUUUCGUUUUGCUUUAUUAUCCCGUUGUAUUUGAGUUUAGUUGAAUUUCAUUAUAAUAUAUUAUUGAAAUAUUGUUAAUAAUAUAAUUAAAUUGAUAUUUUAGCAAACUUUUAAUAAUGUAGUACAAUAGUAUAUAAUUCUGAAAGAAUAUUGUUUCUUAUUUUGCUUAUCAUUCCUAAUCAAAUAUGAGUGCACCAAAUGAAACCACUGCUAUCAACAGUACCAAUAGUGCUCCAUACUUGAGUGCAGAUCGUAGUGAACUGGCACCAUUGUUCACAAAUCCCCAAGAGACAAAAGGUCUGCGACUGAUAGCUGGCUGUUUCACCUUUAUUAGUCUCUUAAUUUCAUUGGCAUUGGCAGCACAAGUUCGUUAUGGAAACCAUCAGGUGGCACCUCACGGAAGUGUUGUAUCAGACAGCAGUUAUUGCUCUCGCAUUGGAGCCUCCAUUAUAGAGAAAGGUGGCAAUUCAGUUGAUGCAGCAAUAGCAGCUACGUUUUGUAUGGGACUUGUGCAUCCCCAUUUAACGGGAUUGGGAGGUGGUGGUCUUAUGCUGAUUUACGAUCACAGACAACACCGUAUUAAAGAUUGUCUCGACUUCCGGGUUUCUCAGAGCAAGAACCGUGAUGUGGGAAUUCCAGGAUUACUGGCAGGUUUAUACCAAGCCCAUUAUUUACAUGGGUCAGCCUCAUGGGAAGAACUGUUAGCUCCUUCUAUAAGAAUGGCCAGAUCAGGAUUCGGCGUCUCGAGCAGUCUGGUAAUGGCGAAACGAAGUCUGAUCGCCAACGUAUCGGACCUGCGCACUUGGCUCGAGCCCUUGCAACAAGGCUCCAUCAUAACCUCGAAUCAGCUCGCCGAUACACUCUCCAUUAUCUCAACGCAAGGACCUGACGCUUUCUACAACGGCAGUCUGACAAAAGAAAUGGUGGAGAAGGCGUCUCUGAGCCCAGUGGACAUGGCCGGUUACAGGGUGGAGAGGGGAGCCAGUCUGUGUUCGGAACACAUCUAUAACGGCUACAAGGUGAUUGCUCCCUCACUCAGUGGCACGGGAGGUGAAUUCCUCUUCAAGGCCCUGGAUCACUUGAACCUCAGCGGCUCCAUUGACGCAGCUGUGCCCCUGGUGGGACAAGCUCUUCUAGCUAAUCAAUCUGAGCUGUCUUGGAGGAUACAUUCGGGAAGCGUGGUCGUAGCUACAGACCGAAGUGAUCUCUACGUCUCUAUUGUCAGUGGCUUGGGCUCGGUCCUUGGAUCACAGAUAUUAACAAGCAGCGGCUUCAUCCUGAACAAUGCGAUGGAGAUGGCGCCCAUGGUGGGAAGCCGGGCAACACAUCUCGCUGUUCCAUUCAUCUGUGUGCAGAAUCUGUUUGUAUGCGGCCAACGCUUCAUUUCAGGUGCUCCUGAUGUUAGAGACGGACUACAGCUAAUCUUUAGACUGUUGGACUCAGAAACAUACUACAAUACCAGUCUUCAGUCACUGGUGGAUGCCCCACGUGUACGAUUUACAGCCUCCACCAAUGAAGUACAGGCGUGGGCUGAGGACAGACAUGUGCCAGCGUUGAGUGGAGCUGAAAUGGCGGCGCUGAAAGAACUGGGUUUCAAGCUGACAAUGGCCCAGCUGCCCUACCCCAGUUUGAAUGUCAUUCGCAAUUGCGACACUGUCGAUCCCUACGCAGAUCCUCGUGGAAUGGGUGAAGCUAUUCAUUUUAACUGUGUUGACAAUAAUAAUUAA